AUGAAAUUGUCCGAGUAUCAAAUUGUUUCAAAUCUAAAAAAACGAGCUGGACCCGGUCACCAUCAGGAACCAGCUGAGUCCGGUGACCGUCAAAAACCACUUGAAUCCGGUGACCAUCGAGAAUCAGCUGGAUCCGGUGACCAUCGGAAACCAGCUGAAUCCGGUGAUAAUCGGGAAUCAGCUGGAUCCGGUAACCAUCGGAAACCAGCUGAAUCCGGUGAUAAUCGGAAAUUACCUGGAUUCGGUUGA